GCUUGCUGCCUGUCACGGUUGUCCCACCCCCUCGUGCAUCUGACAGACUGCUGCUGCUGCUGGUGGUGGUGGUAACUUAGCUAGCUAGCAAGUUAGCCAUGAGCCUGGUUCAUAACGUAAUGGAGGCUUAGCGGAGUAUGUAAUUGAAUAUUUGCCGAUGAACACUAUAAUCUGAAUGGUGUGUCUUUCUCAACUGCAGAUCAAAGGACAGCAUCUCUACUAGUAGCAUUUGCACCGGAGGUGCUUACCUCAUUUCAUCAAAAGAGCGAGGAAGAGAAAGACCGAAAGUAGAUAUUGGUUGCUACUGAGUGGUAUGCGGGGGACUGCGCGUUUGCAAGUCUUUUGAACGUAAUUGACUGCCUGUAGUUCUGGAAUUGGCUAGCGAGCUAGGCAACCGUAGGUAGGUGACUGCAAGCUAACGGAUCACUCCUUGUCGUCAAAGCUGAGAUAUUCCGUUUUCACAGCAAGGUUAUUUGGCCAGCUUGGCCACCAGUUUAGCUUUGUUGACGAACGCUAUCUGAUUGGAAUUGUCUGGGUAAGAAAAUUAUUGACACAUUAAGAUUCUGUGCGUUAGUUAGCCGACUUGACUCUUCAUUGUGAGCCUUUCUCACGUUACUCUUGGACGUAGCGAUCUUUCUACCUGAUGCGUUUCGCUUAUUUGCGCUAGUAAUGUCACUGGAUGCAAUUUAAUUUAUGCUAACGCUAGCAUGUGAAGGUUAAGAUUCGUCUCAAAAACGCAAGUCUUCUGAGUAACGUUAAUCCGCGGCCCAACUCUUGCUAUCGCCUCUUAUUUUACAAGUGUCUCGCCUACCAAGCUAAACCGUUUCCGUCGCUUGACGGCUCCCUGCUUUACAAGAACUUCUCCUGUAUGCAAGUUGGCCGAAUUGACUGUCAUCUACGGUAUCGAAAGCAUCCAGGUAGCAAGGCGAUUUUUGUUUUUGUUAUGUCGAUGUAACUUUGUUCGCUAGCUUACAGUCGCCGAAUUAGCUACGUGAGAGAUUUUUACUCGGCCGUCCACCUACGGCAAACAAACCAAAAGCUAGGGCAUUUGAUUCAUUUCCCUCCCAGACAAUUUCCUCUGGCUGCUGGUCAUUCACACAUUGUGCAGGCCUGCCACAAAACCUAGUAGACAACGUUGUGUUGGGCAUGUGUGGUCUGUAGCGUCUUGAUUAGGGAGAUAGACAAGUUGGUUCAAAGUGUGAACUGUCUCCACCGCUGUGUGCAAACUGGCUAGCUCACGUUGCUAGCUAGUAUCUUCUACAAAUCUAGCUAGGUAUUCCCCAUUACUUCUGUAUCACCAAAAGAAGGAGACAGCCACAUGGACUUAUAGAAGUACCUGGUCGACAUUUUUGUACGAGGAACCAGGCCUACUUCGAGAUUUAUAAAACAAUCACUUUACAAGCAACAACCUCAGAGCAGACAUGAGUAUUGAAAUUCCAGCCGGCCUAACGGAGUUGCUACAGGGCUACACCGUGGAGGUGCUCCGCCAGCGACCGACGGAUCUGGUGGAAUUUGCUGUGCAGUAUUUUACUCGUUUGAGAGACACGAGGAGUCAAGAUGGCAAAGGUGGAAAGGGAGUAAUGUUUGAUGGCGAACCGAUGCAGACAGAGUCCAACGGGGAUGAAGACGACGAAGAUGACGACUCCGACUUCGAGCCCCCUCCACCUCCCCGGUAUAACCGAAGAGUGUCGGUGUGUGCGGAAGCGUACAACCCAGAUGAGGAGGAGGAGGACACGGAGCCGCGGGUGGUGCACCCCAAAACAGACGAGCAGCGCUGCCGCCUACAAGAAGCCUGCAAAGACAUCCUCAUCUUCAAAACCCUCGACCCGGAGCAAUUCUCAGAAGUGUUGGACGCCAUGUUUGAGCAUCGGGUGCAGCCAGACGAGCACGUCAUCGACCAGGGAGAUGACGGCGACAACUUCUAUGUCAUUGAAAGGGGCAUCUUUGACAUCGAGGUGCAUAAGACAAUAGUGGGCCAGUACGACAACAAAGGCAGUUUUGGGGAGCUGGCGCUCAUGUACAACACCCCCCGUGCCGCCACCAUCAUCGCCAAAGAAGAGGGCGCCCUAUGGGCCUUGGACCGGGCAACAUUCCGCAGGCUCAUUGUGAAGAAUAACGCAAAGAAGAGGAGGAUGUACGAGGUCUUUGUGGACUCUGUGCCGCUGCUCAAAGAACUGGAGUUUUCGGAGCGCCAGAAGAUUGUGGAUGUUUUAGGUGCUAAGAUCUUUCAGGAUGGCGAGAGAAUCAUCAAACAGGGCGAUAAGGCAGACUGCUUCUACAUUGUGGAGUCUGGGGAUGUGAAGAUCAUGAUGAAGAGUAAAACGAAGGCUGCUCAGGAGGACAAUGCUGAGGUGGAGAUUACGCGCUGCAGCCGGGGUCAGUACUUUGGAGAGCUGGCACUGGUCACCAACAAACCUCGCGCCGCCUCCGCAUACGCCUCAGGAGAAGUCAAGUGCUUGGUGAUGGACGUGCAGGCGUUUGAGCGGCUGCUGGGCCCAUGCAAGGAGAUCAUGAAGAGGAACAUCUCCCACUACGAGGAGCAACUGGUGGCCCUCUUUGGCUCCAGCAUGGACCUGAGGGACUAGAGCUCGGCCUCGUGCCUUACACACACACACACACACACACACACACACACACACACACACACACACACACACACACACACACACACACACACACACACACACACACACAC